UAUUUGACAACUGUUGUUGUGGAUUCAUUUUUUACCUUGGAUGACUUGAUCAAUACAACCUCAGACAUGGCUGACUUUUGGAAGACACUUUGCAGACCACACGGGAACAUAUCAGCUUGGAAUGGACAAGAUUUGGGGUUCUGUUUUGAAGAGUUGGUUGUUGUAUUUCCUCCUCAUGUCAUCCUGUUGGCAAUCACUGUCUACCAUUUAUCAAGCACCAGAGGCACAGGCAUUAGCAGUUAUGUGUACCCUUUUCCUGUCUUUUUGAAGCUGAGGCUGUUAUGUACUAUAGGCCUUAUGCUAACAGCAUUUGCAGCUCCACUAUUGACAAAAAUAAUGUUAGAAUUUUCACUUAGUGCCAUAGAUAUUGUUACUUCUGGUGCUGUUUGCAUUUGUUGGUUUAUCCACUCCUUUUACAUUUGGAAGUUGAAGUAUUUAAUAUUGGGAACAUAUAGAGGGCCUUUAUUGAAUAUUUUGUCAUACAUUUUAACAUUUAUAUCUGCUUGUUUUAUGCUACAUACUGCUAUUCUUCUAUGGAUUCAUAGAUCAGAAUAUUUUAAUCCUUAUUUAUGUGUGUGCUUAUUUGUGAAUUUUGGUUUACACUGUGUGUAUAUAAUUUCGUUACUGCCUAAUACUCAACAAGGGAUCAAUGUGCAAUUACUUAGUCACAGUUUAAACAUAAACGAAUCAGAAGAAGAGUCAUUAUUUAAUAGUUCUAGAACAACAUAUGGUGCAAUUAGACAUGACCUUAGUCCCCUUGAAGGAGAGGAUAACAAAUCCUGGUUAUCUAGACUGACCUUUCACUGGGUGAACCCAUUAAUGGUAAAGGGAGCUCAACAUGAUAUAUCAACUGCCAACGAUCUCUUCGCAUUACCUAGAAGACUUAAUACAAAUAGUAUAGAAAAUAAAUUUGGCCUAACAUUAGAACUCAUCUCUAAUUCCGCUGUCUCAGAAAAGUGUAAAAGUAACUCUCAGAGAAAAUCCAUGGAUGAAAGUUGUAGGAUACCAGAUGUAAAAAUAAAAACCAAAAAUUACAGGAGAACUUUACUGAAAGCGCUGAAUAGUGCAUUUGGAUGGGAAUACUACUCUCUGGGAAUUUUAAAGCUGUUCGCUGAUCUUGCUGGAUUUGCAGGUCCUUUACUCCUUAACUUUUUAGUGUCCUAUGUAGAGAAUAAAAAUGAACCUGAAGUACAUGGUGUGUAUUAUGCAAUAGGACUUCUUGUCUCAACACUCAUCGGAUCACUAUGUUCAACCCAGUUUGAUUACAAUAUGCAGGUGGUUGGACUAAAGAUCAGAUGUUCUGUCAUAACAACUGUGUAUAAGAAAGCUUUAAGGAUAAGCAGUGUGUCUUCAUCAAAGUUCAGUACAGGAGAAAUCGUUAAUUUUAUGAGUACCGAUACAGAUAGAGUUGUGAAUUUCUGUCCUAGUUUCCAUGCUUUCUGGAGCCUACCAUUUCAAGUGGGCGUGUCUCUUUAUCUGCUCCAUAGUCAGGUUGGGUUGGCUUUCUUAGCAGGUCUAGGGUUUGCUAUUCUUUUAAUUCCUAUUAAUAAGUGGCUGGCAAACAAAAUAGGGCAGCUUAGUACAGAGAUGAUGCUUCAAAAGGAUGCAAGGGUUAAGCUGAUGACAGAAAUUCUCAGAGGUAUCCGUGUAGUCAAGUACUAUGCUUGGGAAGAUACAUUCCAGACCAAAAUUGAAAAGUUACGAAGUGCUGAGUUAAAAAGUUUGAAAGGAAGGAAGUAUUUGGAUGCAAUGUGUGUUUAUUUCUGGGCCACUACACCGGUGCUCAUAUCAAUUCUGACUUUCACCACAUACACAUUACUAGGAAACACCCUGACUGCUGCUAAGGUCUUCACCAGUCUCUCUCUGUUCCUGAUGUUGAUCAGUCCCCUGAAUGCCUUCCCCUGGGUCCUGAAUGGUCUAAUGGAGGCUUGGGUCUCCCUCAAAAGGUUGCAGUCAUUUGUCUCACUCAAAAACAUUGAUCUCGAAGAAUAUUACUCCCAGAUACAUGAUGCACCAUAUGAUGAAGAGGAACUUGUUAUCACAACUGGUACUUUCUCUUGGCAAGAGGAAGCAGAUAAACAAAACUCGGUGAAGUCUGUUGAGAACCAUUUUGAAGAUGACAGAGAUCAUCAUGGGGCUAUGCUCCUUAAUGAUAUAAAUCUUACAGUAGAAAAGGGACAGUUUGUAGGUGUGAUAGGAAAAGUAGGAUCUGGAAAGAGUUCACUGCUUAGUGCCAUCCUGGCAGAAAUGCACCGAGUGGGGGGUCAAAUCUGGAUCAGUAAUCUGGAGGAUGGCUUUGCCCUGGCCAGUCAGGAAGCUUGGAUACAGCAGUGCACGAUCAGAGACAACAUUCUGUUUGGGAGGCAGUAUGACCACAGAAAGUAUGAGAAAGUUUUAGAUGCAGCAGCACUCACUGAGGAUCUAAAAGUCUUUUCAGCUGGAGAUAAAACAAUGGUUGGAGAAAAUGGGGUGACUUUAAGUGGAGGCCAGAAAGCUAGAGUGGCUUUAGCAAGAGCUCUUUACCAGGAUAAAGGUGUGUAUUUACUGGAUGACCCCUUGGCUGCUGUUGAUGCUUAUGUUGCCCAGCAGUUAUACGACAAAUGCAUUAUGGGAAUGUUAAGGAAGAAGACGAGGAUCCUAUGCACUCAUCAUGUCAAAUUCUUGUCAUCAGCUGAUGUAGUGGUGGUGAUGGAAGAUGGGAAAAUUUCCAGAAUUGGGAGCCCUUCAGAAGUGUUGGAUCAUGACUUCCUGAAAGAAAACAAAAUGGAGGAUCACAAGAUGGAAGAGGAUGUGGAAACUGAUGAGGUGGAAAAUGGAGAGGUGGAAUCUGAACAGGUGGAAGAAGAGGGAAUGGAGAGAGGGGUUGUACGUCUGUCUGUUUACAGGGCUUACUGGUCCGCUGUAGGGGUGUGUCUGGCCCCCAGUAUUCUCACAGCCUUGUUUCUUAUGCAAGCCUCAAGAAAUGUGAAUGACUGGUGGCUGUCCUAUUGGGUAACUAAUUCACGUGAUUCUGCCAGCACCAAUCACAGUAGUUCUAAUGACACUGGAAACUCGACAUCAGAUGACAUCCAGUUCUAUCUGACAGUAUACGGGGCCCUGGCGGGGGCCAAUUCCUUGUUCACUCUGCUGAGGGCUUUCCUUUUUGCUUAUGGAGGAAUCUGUGCUGCACAGUUCUUACAUAAAAGACUUUUAUCUGUGAUGUUGAAGGCACCUGUCUCAUUUUUUGACACCAAUCCGAUUGGACGCAUCAUCAACAGGUUCUCCUCAGAUCUCUACACCAUUGACGAUUCAUUACCAUUCAUCCUGAACAUAUUUUUGGCCCAGCUGUAUGGAAUUCUGGGAACUGUUGUUGUCAUCUGCUAUGGACUGCCAUGGUUCACACUACUACUUCUACCACUGGGAAUCGUUUAUUAUAAAAUUCAGCAUUUCUAUAGACACACCUCCAGAGAAGUGAAACGUAUUACCAGUGUUUCCCUGUCUCCUGUUUAUGCUCAUUUCUCGGAAACUGUCACCGGACUAACAACAAUCAGGGCUUUCAGGGAAUCAGAGAGAUUCAGAAAGGAGAACAUUGAGAAGUUAGACCUAAACCUGAGGGCACAAUUCAGUGGACAGGCUGUGGCCAGCUGGCUGGGGUUCAGACUCCAGAUGAUGGGUGUUGUCAUGGUUACAGGCAUUGCAUUCAUUUCUGUUCUCCAGCACCACUUCCAGGCAGUUAAUGCAGGUUUAGUUGGCCUAGCUUUAUCGUACGCUCUUUCCGUAACCAAUCUUCUGAGUGGUGUGGUCAGCUCCUUCACAGAAACAGAGAAACAGCUGGUCAGUGUGGAGAGAGCCCAGCAGUACCUCAACAUUCCAUCAGAAAACUUACAGGGAUCUCUGCUGGUUUCUCCAUCUUGGCCCACUAUGGGUGUAGUACACUUCAAGAAUGUUUUCCUGAGAUACAGAAAUGAUCUGUCUGAUGCACUCCGUGGAGUCACAUUUUGUACUCAGCCCAGUGAGAAAGUGGGCAUAGUGGGCAGGACUGGGUCGGGCAAAUCCAGUCUGUUUCAAGCUUUAUUCAGAAUUGUAGAGAUACGUCAGGGAGACAUCAAAGUAGAUAACAUGAGCAUCAAGUUCCUAGAUCUCAAGGAAAUCAGAAGCCGAUUUGCAGUCAUUCCACAAGAUCCCUUCCUCUUUAGUGGAACUGUAAGAGAGAACUUGGAUCCUUCUAAUGUUUAUGGAGAUGAAGAGAUCUGGAAUUCUCUCAGUAGAUGUCACCUUGUGUCAGCUGUUGAGAUACUGGGAGGUCUUGGGGCAGAAGUUGGGGAGAGAGGGAAAAUGUUUUCUGUUGGACAGAAACAACUUUUGUGUCUAGCCAGAGCCAUUUUGACUAAAACUAAGAUGCUUUGUAUUGAUGAAGCAACAGCAAGUGUUGAUAUGAAAACAGACUCCUUAAUUCAGGUGACUAUUCGAGAGGAAUUUAAAGACAGCACUGUGCUUACAAUUGCCCAUAGAAUAGACACUGUUAUGGACAGUGAUCGGGUACUGGUCAUGAGAGAUGGGAAAGUGGCAGAAUUUGACACACCCUCAGUUCUUAUGCGGAAUCCAAACUCGCUUUUCUCAAAACUGGUGUCCGGUAACUCAUAAGGAAUCAGAUACAAAAAGACUUUAGUAUAAGGAUAAUUUUCUGUUGCAUGAAUCAGCAUAAGCAUAUGAAUUAUUAGCAGCAUUUAGAAUCACUAGCAUAAGCAUCAGCAUGCAUCAUCUUCCACACAAUCAACACUGCCAUUAUCCAAUCAGCAAGCAUAACUAGCAUUAUCAACAUACAAUGAGCAUAACUAGCAAUCAAGUCUCCAUACCCAAACUUUGCUCAAUGAUGUUUUUUUUAGAUACCAGUAACAAAGGUAUUUUGGAAUAAAUUAUGGACAUCUGUAUUUUAAGGUAGCCAUGAUGACAAUAUAGGUUACAUAUGGUAUAAAAUGGAAGAGUUUUUUAACUGUAGAUUUUACAGGCAAUAAAUCCCAAGUCAGCCCCCUUUAAAUGAAAAUUACAGAAUGCAGUCUGAAAAUUUACAGAUUCAAUGUUAAAAUCAUAAUGCAAAAUCCAACAUGUCUGCUUUGUCUUUCAUAGCUAGAAUCAACGCUGCUAACUUCUAUAGGAUACUAUGGUUGGACUAAGUAACCUUAAAAUUUAAAGGUGAACAAUUUGUACAGUUUUUUAGGUGAUAACAGGCCACAUAUUUUCUUUAUACCCCUCGCUUGAAAAGUGGAGAGUAUAGUGAUGGGGGUGUCUGUCCUUCCGCCCGUUACACUUAGGUGUAGUCACCCCUUAGACCUAAAAAAAAAUAUUUGUUUACUAUUCCACAACUCCUCUUACAUCACUGCAUGUAAUUUAAUGAAACUUUCAUGAAAUCUUUGCUACAUAUUGAUGUUGUGCAUCUCCUGUUUUAGGUUAUGAUCAGACACAUAUUUAGGGUUUCCCGUAGCAACAGAUGGACACUGCCAUUUCUAAAAUAUUGGGGUAAUUGUAACCCAUCUCUUAUCCACAACUCCUCCUUUACCACACAAAAUAAAAUUUAAAUAUUAGAUUUUCACUGAAUCUUUAUCACAUAGUGCUAUUGUGCACAUCCUUUUUUAUAGUUUGAUAGGGUACAUAUUUGGGCUUUCCCAUAGCAAAACAUGGACUUUGCCAUUAUACUCUUAUGGGAUUAAAGAUAUCAUUUGGUAAGCUCAGUGUUCUUAACUCACUGGAUAACUAUUUUGAUAUUGUAUUCAUCAACCCAAUAUUUUUUUGACAGAUUUCAUUUAUAAUGAUCCAAAAGCUGUCCAUGGGUUCAUUUUUGAUCUUCCAAUACAUUUCCAUGUUAACUGUACAUAAUUCUAAUAAAUAGGGUUAGCAUUUUAAGACUUAAAAAAAAUGAAGUUGGGAAUAUUGGUGGAUAUAGUGAGGACAACAUUAAUUGGUCACAAGCAUUCUUUCUUUAUAAAAAUCAGCAAACCACAUUUUAUACACCUAUGUUUGCACUGUGUGUUGAUGAGUACAAUGAAAUUCAAAUUAAAGGGCAAGUAACUCUGUUUGGAAGUGUCUUUUAGACCUGCCUGGAUGAAGCAAGAGUCUAUUUCACACUGCUGAAUUGGGCUAUUUUGAUUGUAUUUUAGAAGCAUAGGAUUGGCAGAACUAGGACUCAGUAAGAAAGCACUUAAAUCACCUAGCGAAUGUAUAAUAAGAAAAUUAGUAUUAAUGUUGCUACAGAAAAAAGGACCCUGUAUCCUUGUAUCACAUUGCUUUUAUCUUUUAUGGAGGGAAAUUAACAUUAUUUUUACAUUUUAUGUACAUGUAUAUGUACUGGUGAUCUAUAAAAUUAUAUUACAUAAUAUGUCUGUGAUAAUUCCUCCAGGACUGGAGCAAUGUUAAACUGAGUAUGUAAACCCAUGAACAUAAACAAGUAACAGUAUUCUUUAUACUAUGUUGUGGUUAGGAACAUCUAUAUUAUGAACAAAAAUAUUUCUGUGAUGCUUUUAUGUAUUGUGCAUAAUGAUACUUUCUGUCUUUGUCUAUGUUAUGGGUUAUUUCUGUUACAAUAUUUUUGGCUGUUACCAUAUUGGAACACUGAAAUAAAUUGAGACUUCCAUUUGGACAAUCAUAAUACAUGUUAUCAUUUUUGAUGAAGUUUAUUCAAGAUAAAGGUAUGUGUUUUGUUGUGCAUGUAAUACUGGGGCAUGAAACAAAACUCUUCAUUCCCCUAUAGCAAUUGAUUGCAUUAUAUCCUGAAAAUUUCUUUAAAAAUGGCCAAAAGCUUAAGCUAUUUCCCAGUACUUUGUUAGAGCACAAUGUACAAUUAUAUAAUGAUGGAACUAUUUCUGAAGAAUAAAUAUGUUUCAUUUUUUUG